AUGUUCGUUGUCCUGGCGUUGCUGCUGUCCACCUUAUCUUUAGCCUUUGACCAGGUACCUCUCUCACCAUCGAGCAUACCGCCUCGCUACCAGCUCGAUGGGAACGACGAUCCAGUACCAAAACAGCCGGGCCAGCGGAUUCCUGUGCCAGCAUUGUACAACCAUCGAUAUUCUGAGCAGACCUUCAUAGGAGCCCAUGAUGCCGUUGCAGUCAGGACAGCCGAGAAUGGCUGGACGCUCUCUGGAAACCAGUACUUCAACGUCUCCACACAGCUGAGAUCCGGAGUCCGCCUUAUCCAAGCCCAAGGACACCGUGACCCCACUGGCAGUGAUGAGAUCAGGAUGUGCCACUUCAACUGCGCAUUGAUGGAUGGUGGUAGUCUGCAUGAGCUCCUACGGGAUGUGAAGGACUUUCUGGACCAGUUUCCUCACGAAGUCGUGACUCUACUCUUCGUGAAUACUGGACCGCCUCUCGAGCAUUGGGUCAAGGCAUAUUAUGACACUGGCCUUGAUCUGAUGUCUUACAUGCCUCCCAGAACGAAACGUUGGGGAAACAUGAGGAUAGAAGACUGGCCUACCAUAGCCGACAUGGUAUCUUCGAAUCAACGCCUCGUCUCCUUCAUGGACCGAGGUGCCGACGAGUAUGAAGCUCCUUUUCUGCUGCGGGAGUUCGAUUACAUCUUCGAGACCAACUUUGGUAUCGAGCGUCCGAGUCAGUUCAGCUGUACUGUUGCUCGUCCUUGGUGGAUAGUCGGUGGUUACCCGGACCGUCUGAGUCUCGUCAAUCACUUCCUCUAUGCAAAGUUCCUUGGCUUCAGGUAUCCAAAUGCUACACAAGCCAAUACCACGAAUGCGGCCGGCUUCCAUGAGGGCGAACUCGGCGAGCAUGCGGUGCGAUGUCGAUCACUGUACGAGAGAAGGCCAAACUUCCUGCUGGUCGACUUCUUCAACGAAGGUGAUGUGUUUGACGUCGAGUUUGGGUUGAAUGCCAAUUAA